GCUCACCAAUUGCCUCCAGCUGAAUUGAAAGAUCGUGAAGUGAUCAUGAUCGAUAUUGGCUCUCCGGAACAGUGCGAAGCUGGGAACACACCAGAGGAGGAUCCGACCCAAUUCCGUUCAGUGAAAACAGGCCGAGGUCCUCUGUGCCCUCUUUGGUGGACUAAAGGAUAUUCCGGUCCCCUGAUGUGUGCUUACAAAUUGGUUCGAUGUGAAUGUCGAGUCCCGUUCCUCCAAGGUCGACUAGAGGCUAUGAUUCAAAAACAAGAGCGUCGACUGUUUGCAAACUUUCAUCGUCAAGUUUUCUGUUGGAUCGAUCGUUGGGUCGGUAUGACCAUCGAGGAUAUUCGUCGUUUAGAGGAACAAACACGACUGGAGUUGGAAGAAGUAAGUGUGGAUGCAAAUUCCGGGGAUAUGCCCCAGAAUUUUCACGAGAUCACUAUUUUUAUCUUUUGA